AUGGAUUUAUAUAUUUCCCACGGAACCCAUGGGCUCAGAGGAACACCAGUUGGGAAACACUGCGCUAUACAUGUACGUGCUACACUCUACGCAAUCGUUGUAACAUGUGCUCCGAAACGUAUGGAUCGCAUUAUAUCCGUGAUCGUACGCACAGCGGUUUCCGGAAUGAUCGAUCGGCAGCCGUGUGCGACGAGAACAACAAAUCAAAUAAACGAAACGCUGAUCAACACCGUAGCGGUGGUACACGUUGGCACGAGUGUACGCGCCAAGACCGUGUCUAGAAAUUUUUUUCGGGAGGGUUCCAAAACAUGUAUACGAAGAAUACGAAUCAAAUUUCUAUACUUCAGGUUCUCAUUAAAUUGGAUGAAUGGAAAAAAUAUGCAAUUUAAUAAACAUCCGAGCGUCAGUCAUAAAUACUGA